UCAAAAGUAUAAUAUGAUAUAGGUUAUAUAAAACUCACUUGCAUCUGUAGGAACAGCACAUCUUGCAGAGAAAUUCUGCAAAUUUAUCAGAAAAAAAAUGAUUUUGAAUAUACUGAUUAUAAUUUUCAUUUUUAUAUAUGUUCUUAUAUAUAUAUACACAUCGAUCAGUUAUUUUUUAAUAAAAUAUAAACCGCUCUCUUAAAAACUUAUGGCACUCUGAAUUGUGCGAUAGAAGAUUUGAAAUUCGAGCUGGCGCUGAUGAAUAAGACUUUCGAGAAAUUGCAAGAAACGAUGUCGAGAAUAAGAGAAAAAUCGAUUAUUAACCACUCACACUUUAUAUAAUCAAAAUUGGCGCGAACGUAUCAUAAAUUGUAAACAAUUAUUGAAAUAUUACAAAUAACGCAUAAGGUGCAGUAUUCUAUUAAAAUAAAAUUGUUGAAUUUCAGAAAUGUAAAAUGAGUCAGUUUAUAACAAUACAAGUUGGUCAAUGCGGCAAUCAAAUAGGGUCUGCUUUCUGGCCUUUAGCCUUACACGAAUAUGGUAUACAAAUUAAAAAUAGAUUCGUCAAUCUUCUUAAGAUACAACGAAAUCAUAUUAAGAAUAUAGACGCAUUAUGGGAUGGAUUUUAUAGUUUUUUUCAUGUACCUGGAGAUACAGAUAAUUUAUGCUUCAAAACAAUAGCAGAAUUGAAUGCAGCUAAAGUUAAAGCUAGGGCCGUUCUAAUAGAUAUGGAAGAUAGUGUUGUAGAGCGAUUUCAACAAGGACCAUUACGUGAAUUAUUUAAUAGAACUUGUACGGUGACAAAUUAUCCUGGUUCUGCAAAUAAUUGGGCCAUGGGAUAUUAUACUCAUGGUACAGAAUAUCAUGACCGAAUCGAAGAAGUAAUAAGGCAGUCUGUUGAACUGUGUGAUUAUCUAGGUGGAUUUUUACUUUUGCAUUCUGUUGCUGGUGGAACUGGUUCUGGCUUAGGAACAGCAACUUUGAAAAUGUUAAGCGACAGUUAUCCUCAUGUAGAUAGAUUAGUGUCUUGCAUAUAUCCUGCAGGCAUGGAAGAUGUUAUUACAGGUCCAUACAAUACAUUGUUAGCGACAAGAGAGUUGAUAGAACAUGCUACUUGUGUAUUUCCAGCUGAAAAUAAUGCACUUUUAAAAAUAUGUGAAACUCAAAUAAGGAAUAAUGAUAAUAUAGAUCAGGCUAAUUUUAAUGCUUUGUGUUUACCAUUUCAAGAUAUGAAUAGUAUUAUCGUUAAUAUGCUACUUCAUUUGACUAGUGGCUCCAGAUUUCCUGGAAAUUUAAAUAUAGACAUCAGUGAUUUAGCUACAAGUCUUGUUCCAUAUCAAAAGAUGCAUUAUAUAUUUAGUAGUGUUAGACCAAUAGCUUUGACAGCACCUAAAUUUUUUGCUACAGAUGCUUCAAAGCUUCAAGAUAUGCUGUUUACUAAUGCAUUGUCUCGGAAUAACCAGUUGACUAAAGUACAUCCACUACAGCCAGGCUCUGUUGUUUUGAGUGCCGCAUAUAUUGGAAGAGGACAAUUUUCUAUAACUGGCAUGAAACGAAAUAUUGAAAAAUUUCAAAGUAAAGCUAAAUUUACACCAUGGAGUAAGAAUUCAAUAAAAAUAGGUUUAUGUUCAGUACCUCCACCUGGACAUACAACAUCUCUGUUGUGCUUGCUUAAUACCUCAGCUAUUUCUUUUAUGUUUACAAAUUUAAUUGAGCAGUUUACAAAAUUAUAUCGUCGAAAGGCACAUGUUCACCACUAUUCCCAAGUUUCUGGAUUUGAAAAUUCACAAUUUUUAGAUAGCAAAGAAACUAUCUUUAAUUUAUGUGAACAUUACAUGGAGCUUCAAAAUCAAAAACAAAGGCAUAUUUCACGAUUGCAAACACUUUAAGAAUUGUACGUGUGGAAACAUUAGAAUAACAAGGAAUUGUAUUGUAAGUGAUUUAUUAAUUUAAUCAAAUAGUUUAACAUAAAAUAAUUUCAAUAAAAAUAGUGUAUUUUUUGUAAUAAUAAAAUUAUAAUAAUUGUAUAAAGUAAAAAUCAUUUUUUUUUUAUAUAAGAAUGUUAAUUCUUAUAUAAAAUAUCUAAUUAAUUGUUUGUAGUUUCUUUUAUCUCUUUAAGGAUAUUGCAAAAGCAUAUUUAUAUUAUAUAAGCUACUUGUCUUUGGAGACCAUAAUCAACAUUAACGUAUCACUUAUUUAUGCGUUAAACUUAACAUAUUAAUGAAUUAACUAGCUGGAAUUUGGGGUAAUCCAAAUUCAUCCACCAACACACCAUCCUAAAAACAAAUUAGAUGAAUAAACAUGUAUAAUAAUAUAAAUAAGAAAUAAAUAUAUAUUUGUAUAAAUAAUUACCUUGUUCCUAACAGAACUAGAACCUGGCUCCUUAUCAGGAGCAUUAGGUGCUUUGAUCGCAUCAU